UUAUUAUAUAUUAAAUAAAACUCCUGAAUGUUUCCUGUAAACAAGCACAGUUUCUGGUUCAGCCAGGCCCAGAUGCAUUGUGGGAAACAUAGUUUCCAUCAGCCUGAACAACAGAAGCUGAUCAGAACAUCAAACUUCAUGGAAUAAAAUAAAAACAUGUUGAACGUCAGAAUAAAUCUUCAGACUCUGAAGCGUUUCCUCUCAGUCUGUUUCCACGGCGACACACUGGUUUAAUGUUUACACAGCAAUCAGGAAGUGGACUCUGGCCUCGCUUCUCUCAGGGAUGGUUCUGCUGGACCGGACCAAACAGAACCUCCUGGUUGAGAUGAAGCUGCAGGUGAAGAUCGAGCUGCUGAAGUUCUGCUUCGCGGUUCUGAACUCUGUGUUCCUGGUUCUGGGUCUGAGUGUGCUGGGCUGUGCGGUCUGGAUCCUGUUCGACCGGGGAACCUUCCUGAACGUCCUCUCCUCUGGUGAGCUGCAGGUGGUGGCCGCGGGCCUCUUCCUGAUCGGGGCGGUGGUGGUUCUGGUCGGUGUCAGCGGGUGUGUCGCAGCCAGCAGAGAGCUCCGGUUCCUGCUGCUGGUGUUCACCGGCCUCAUCAUCAUCCUGGUCCUGGGCCAGCUGUUCGUCGGCCUGGUUCUGAUGAUAAAUAAAAACAAGAUUGAGAAGAGUCUGGAUCAAGCUGUGGACCAGAUCAUCUUUCAGUACGGAGAGGACAACAGUGUCAACAGGUUGUUGGACAGCGUUCAGCGUGGUGCUGCCUGCUGUGGCAGAAACGGUCCAGAAGACUGGCUGAACAACUCCUUCAUAAAGAGUCUGAACCUGACGAGUCCAGAUGUUCUUCCAUGUUCCUGUUUGAGGAACUCGUCCAGCUUCGGCUCGUUGUGGUGUUCAAACAACUCCAACUUCACCCAGAUGCAGUUUGGACAAACUAAAGAAUCUUUGAAGGGCUGCAGUCAGACGCUCAUUGAUUGGUUGUGGCAGAACAUCCUGACAAUCAUCAUGAUGGACGUCUGCCUCAUUUUACUGCAGGUGGCGCUGGCUUCCAUCGCGGUGAAGCUGUUCCAGAUGUUCGGGGAAAAAGUUGCGUUUAAACGAACCAAUCAGCUGGUAGCUGAGGACGACGCCCACCCAGGCUCCGCCCCCGACGGUGUCUACGGAGAGCAGAACCUGGCCUACAUGGAUCCUGAUGGAGGUCUCAUCGAGACUGAACACAUGAGUCCAGAAGAGACCUACAACCUGGCACAGAACCAGGUGUACCUGGGUCAGAACUAGCUUCAGACCGGACCGAACAAGAACUGUUCUGAGAGGACGGAACAAAAAAUAUUUCUUUUUAUUAUGUAAACAGUUUAUUUAAAAAUAAAAUGAGCAAGAAAUUAAUUUAAAU